AUGUCUGUUGAUAAAAUAGUAAUAGUCAUAUUUAUAUUAGUUCCUAUUUCGGAUGGAGCUGUAAAUCCAUUUGGUCCAACGGUAGUCAAUGAUUACACAAAUUGCAUUGCCAAAGUAAUUGACAAUGAAUUUGAUGAACCCGGACUUUUGAUAUUUGCAAACACUAAUAAUGUAAGUACAUCAGUUACGAGAAUCAGAACGAAGCUACUGAAAAGACUUCAUAAAGAAAUCAAGUUCAGUAUUGAAGUUAUGAGUCCUAACAACGAAGUGGAAAUCUGUGAUCUAGAUAAUUAUAAUCUUGGAGUACUCCACGUGGAUGUUUAUGUGGCAAUACCAUUUGCCAACUAUUUCGUUAUCAUAAUAGAUAGCUACACAGACUUUUCGUUUUUGGCAAGUAAACUUAUACGAUCUCGCAGUUGGAAUCCAUUUGCAAAAUUUAUUAUUUUACUCUUCAAUUUUGUUCAGGAUGAUAAAGUGAACAUCGAUUAUGUUGAGAGAGUGCUCAGCUGCCUUUUCAAAUACAAUGCAAUAAACGUGAUUAUAGCUGUACCCAAAGCUAACAACUUUCGAAAUGCUAUCAUUUAUAGCUGGAGACCUUAUGAUCCUCCAAAAUAUUGUGGCUACUUCAACGAAACAGCUAAAGAAAGACUUGUAGUACAAAACAUGUGUGAAAGUGGAGUGCUGAAACAUGAUAGAAAAGUUUUUGAUAACAAAAUCCCACAUGACAUGGAGGGUUGUGUUAUCGAAGUUCUAGCUUUACAAAGACAUCCUUUUAUCAGUGAAGAUAAAUAUGACGCUAAUAUUGAAAAGUUAAUGAUUGACUCUAUGCUCAAGCGAUUUAAAAUGAAGGCUAGAUAUAACUUUAUUGAUGGAUAUCGAGGUGAAAGGGAAAACGUUGGUGAGUGGAACGGAGGUUUGAAGAAAUUGGCUUCUAAGUCCGGGCAUUUGUUAUUAGGAGGAAUAUUUCCAGACUUUGAUGUGCAUGAAGAUUUUGAGACUUCAGUAACAUAUCUAGCCGAUGCAUAUACUUGGGUGGUUCCAAGAGCUCAUAAAUCAGCAGCCUGGGUAGCCUUAGUCAUCAUUUUCAAGAGCUUGGUUUGGUAUUCUGUAAUAGCUGGAUUUUUCUUAUGUGGUAUAACAUGGAAGAUUAUUGCUGAACUUAGUGGGGAUUCAGAUUACAAUCGCUCUUUUCGCCACUGUUUUCUUAACACUUGGAUAACAGUACUAGGCUUCGUAUCUUAUUUGCACCCAGUCAAAGAAAGUCUGCGCGUAUUUUUUGUGUUUCUCAACAUUUAUUGUAUGCUCUUUUCGACGGCAUACCAGACGAAACUAUUCGAAGUGUUGACGAACCCAUCUUAUGAGUACCAAAUACAAACAGUUGAAGAGUUAGUUGAAAGUGGUUUGAAGUUUGGUGGAUUCGAAGAAUUGCAUGAUUUAUUUUAUAAUUCUACUGAUCCUUUCGACUACCGCAUCGGUGAUCAAUGGACUGACAUCACCAACAUCACCGAAGCAAUGAUAGACGUUGCUGUGCAUAGAAAUUUUUCCUUACUCUGUAGUCGUCUUGAACUAGCCCACAUUUCUGGAAUAACACCUGAACUGAGUGACAGCGUCGGUAAUUAUAAGUACUAUACUUUCACAGAUAAUGUGUUUAGCGUGCCUAUAGAAACGAUAGCUUUAAGAGGCUUUCCUUUCAUGAUGGAGUUUUCCACAACAAUAACGAUAUUUAAGCAGAGUGGGUUAAACGAAGGUCUGAGGCAGCAUUUUGCGCAUUUUAACGAAAGGAGGAGAGCUCGACAGUUGAGAGCAUUAUUGAAGGAGAAAUCCGAUGUUAAUCCGUUGUCUUCGGAGCAUUUGCAAGGUGGUUUCUUGGCUUUAGCUUUGGGGUAUGUUAGUGGAACUUUGGUUCUUAUUGUUGAAGUCAUUGUCAAUUGUGAUUAUGUACAAAAUAAAUUCGCGAAUUUCAAACGGAGAGUGAACCUUUUGUCUUGA